AUGGAGAAUGAAGCUUUUGUGGUUGAUGGUGAAUUAGAGUCUCUUUUGGGGAUAUUCAACUUUGAACAAUGUUCGUCCAACGAAUCAAUCUUUUACAAUGCUCCUCAUAGUGAGACUGAUGCUUACUCUUCUGAUGAUUUCUUCCCAUUUGGUACAAUUCUACAAAGGAACUAUCCGGCCGUUCUUGACGGUUCCAAUUUCCAAACAAACCUCUAUGUCGACUCAAGACAAGAGCUUAUGAAACCAAGGAAGAAGCAAAAGUUAAGCUCGGAAAGCAUUUUGGUUGUCACCGAGCCUAAGAGUACUUCGAGAGAUGGUCAGACCCUAAGUAGCUAUAAUUGUUCAGAUGAUGAGAAAGCUUUAGGUUUAGUGGCGUAUACAUCAAGAAACCUUAAAGGCAAAGCAAAAUCCAAGAAAGGGAUAGCUUCGGAUCCUCAGAGCCUAUACGCUCGGAAACGAAGAGAAAGGAUAAACGAUAGGCUAAAGACAUUACAGAGCCUAGUUCCUAAUGGGACAAAGGUUGAUAUAAGCACAAUGCUUGAAGACGCCGUCCAUUACGUGAAGUUCCUACAGCUGCAGAUCAAGCUAUUGAGUUCUGAUGAUCUAUGGAUGUAUGCACCUCUUGCUCACAAUGGCUUGAAUAUGGGACUACACCACAAUCUUUUGUCUCGGCUUAUGUAA